AUGCAUCAACUGGAGGACUAUAAGCUCGCAUCGAGGAACAGACAGGAAGAGUCUCAGUCCGUCGAGCUGGAAGAUGGCGAGCUGUCUGACGAAGAUGUUGAGAUGCACUGCACUUGGGGCAGCGACUGCCGCCUCAGGCAUUCGGGCAGCUCUGAUAUGGGCAACUACGUCAUGUUUGAGCCCGUUAACUUGCCAGUGCCGCCGGACAUGUACGGCACAUGUAUGGGGGCUCUGUCGCCCGACGCAGGCUGGAAGCACGAGACGGAGCGGAAGGGCUCCUUCGAUAGAAGUCGGAAGCAUAAAGACGGCGGGCGUUUGGCCAAGUGUGAGGACAACGAACAGUCCCUGAUGGAGUUGAACGAUUUGGACACAGAUCCCUACUACACGCAUCACGAGCAGACUGAGGAACGCUCACCUCCACGGAGCUCAAUGGACUGCCCAAAUCAUCCACCCAGCCCGUACCACAGUAGCCUGACGCGUUGGCGCGGGUGCAACAUGUUGGAUUGGCAAUCGAGCAGCAGAAGUAGUAGCAGCAGCUCUCCCGAUUACUCCUCCACCACGAACUCGAUGAGUUCCUCGUCGCCCACGGCAAUGUGCUCAGCCAAUCCACUCAAACGCAAGCUGUACCGUAAGCAAAGGGGCUGCAGGUGGAACACUUACUUAUCCUCGGACAGCGAUUCCUCAAGCUAUAGAUCCAGCACACCGUCCUCUGAGCAGAGCUAUUCCUCCUUGGAUGUGGACAUGGACAGCAUCAAUUCGAAUUACCCGAACUCAAUGAGAAAGACUAAAGCAGAUGCUGCACCUCCGUCGAAGAGUCGAAAAACUCUCUAA